GGGCGGCAGGGGAGUGGCACCAGACAGAGCAUGCACAACGUGUUUGGAGCCGGUGACUCGCUGUUUGCCUCGGACUCGGGCGAGGGCAGCGGUGGCGGAGAUGUGGAUGAUGUGUUUGGCGAGUUUGUGGCCAAGCGGAGGGCGAGGAAGAGCAAGACGGCCGAGGCCGUGGCCAAGCGUGGUGGUGCAGGCAAGGGCAAGGCGGCUGGUGGGAAGAAGGCUAAGACACGGCCUGCCAAGGGCUUGUUUGCUGACCUGGGCCCAGACGGCGACACGGCGGACGCUAUCGAUGAUGUUUUGUUUGGCGGCGCACAUGGUGGGCUCGACGACGGGGAUGGCAUCGACGACUCGCCCGGUGGUCUGUUUGCGCCUGCGGCUGGCGCAGGCCUUGCUGGUGCAAGUGAUGAUGGGGAUCGCGACCUUCCCACCGAUCCGGUCGAGCGGCGGAAGGAGCUGCGGAGGCGCAAGGCCGAGCGCGAUCGCAUCAAGGCCGAAGAGGAGGCCAAAGAGAUCGAGAAGGGUCGCCUGGCGCGGAAGAAGAAGCGGGAUGCAGCUGCAGCAAAGCGCAAGGCUGAGGCGGCGGCCGUGGCUGCUGCGGCUGCCGCUGAGGCGGCCGAGGCCACUAAGAACAUGUCUGCCCGCGAGAGGCUGGCCCAGGCCAAGGCUGCCCGCGAAGAUGAGGCCACUGCGCCUGCCGACGAGGCUGACGACCUCAUUGCGGACGUGCUGGGCAAGAAAAGCUCGCUUGCCGACAAGCCAAGCUCCAAGUCGAGCUCCAAGAAGCGUGCUGGGCUGAUGGACCCGGCCGAGCGGGCCGAGGCGAGGCGGGAGCGGGCGGCGUCCAAGCGGGCCGGGCUGCGGGUGCGGUCGGACUCGUCGUCCGACUCGUCAUCAUCGGUCUCAUCGGCCGUCAUCGAGGCCCGCGCAGCCGAAAUGGCGGCCAAGGCCAAGGCCAAAGCCAAGGCCAAGGCCAAGGAGAAGGCUGCCAGAGCUAAGGCCAAGGCCAAGGAGAAGGCUGCCAGAGCCAAAGCCAAGGCCAAGGCUGCCAAGGCCGAGGCCAAGGCUGCGCGAGCGCGGGCGAAGGAGGCCGAGCGCCGCGCCGCCCGCAUCGGCCACGUUGUUCACGAGUCGGAGAGAAGGUCGCGGGCCAGGGGCAAGCGGAUCCGUGGCUCGCAAAUGCGCGACGACCCGGGCUCGGUCUCGUCGGGCGAGGAGGCCAAGGCUUCGAUCCGCGACCGGGUGCGGGCCAAGCGCGAAGCGCGCCGCCGCGCUGCAGGUGUCCAAUCUACAGGCGGAAGCGAGCGCGAGGCAGGCAAGACCAAGGCCAAAGCCAAGGCCAAGGCCAAGGCUGAUAUCCCCUGGCCACCGUCGUCUGUCCCGUAUGUCCGCAUCGACGCCGACGGUGAGCGGCUGCCCAAGCACUGGCGGAUGGGCAUUGAUCCUGCGACUGGACAGGAGUUCUACUUUCAGACCAAGACGCUUGCGCCCGAGGUGCCUCGAGGGACGCAGGUCUCGGGGACGGAACAGACCCACAUUGGGAAGAAGCUGAAGACCGAUUGA